AUGGGCACAACAUCCACUCCGGAACCACCCCACUCUUGGUAUUUGCGCGGGUGGUGUAUUAUCCAGAGCCUGAAAGGAGUAAACACAAGCACACUGACCGAGAAAGAUGUCCCUCCCAAAGACAUGCGCGGAAAGUGGGUAAUCAUUACCGGCGCAAACAACGGGAUAGGGUUCGAGACUGCAAAGACAUUCUCAGAAUGGGGUGCCAAUAUAAUCAUGGCUUGUCGCGAGCCUCCGAAAUGGGAAACUCACCCCUCCGCAGCAGUAGAACAUUGCAUGGACUUGGCCACCUCUUCGGGCCAUUCAUCAACGAUCGAGUGGUGGCCCAUUGACAUGGCAAACCUGGCUAGCGUUGAUCAAUUUGCGCAAAGAUGGCUUUCUACAGGCCGGGCGUUGGAUAUUCUAUGCAACAAUGCCGGAAUGGCGCCUUUUAACUCGGAUGAGCAGGGGUUGACCAAGGAUGGAUUUCAGAUCGUGCAUCAGGUCAACUUCUUAUCUCACACGCUUCUUACAUUCCGGAUCCUGGAUUCCCUUGCCAGAAGUGCCGAGCCUCGCAUCAUCUGCACUACAUCCAACCUACAUUUUUUCGGAAAACUGGAGUUCGAAAAGGAAAGCCUUCCCAUACCCAAAGAACGAGGUCCAUAUGAGAACAACAAAUUGUAUUACCAAAUUUGGAUCUCUGAAAUGCACCGCCGCCUUCUUUCAAGUGAGAAAUAUAGACAUAUCACGAUCAACGGUGUCCAUCCCGGAUACGUCAACUCUGGGAUCUGGAAUUUCUCAGGAAACAAUCAAGGAUCAUGGAAGGAGACGAUAUUUGGAUUAUUGGCUGGUUAUCUAUCCAUUUCCUCAAAACAGGGUAGUUUUGCCAUUGUUAAUGCGGCUACCAGUACUGAUUUUGGGCCAAACCCUGAGGUCCAAGGUCGGGGGGAGCCAGGGGUCAAGGGGGGAGGGAACUAUAUCAAUCGGAUUUGGCAGGCAACUGCAAUGCCUUAUUGUGAACAUGAGGGAACGAGAUUGCGGAUAUGGAAUGGGGUCGGGGCGGAGCUUCGAUCGGCUAGAGAGGAUCUGUAUGUUCUCGAGGAGCUUGACAGAAAUGAUUGA